AUGGAAACAAAUCUUAAGAUGGAAAAGAAUGAAAGUGAAGAUGCAGUGGAUCCUACAAUGUUCAAACAAAUUGUUGGUUCAUUGAGAUAUCUGUGCAAUAGCAGGCCAGACACAUGCUUUGCAGCUGGCUUGGUUAGUAGAUUUAUGGAGGAUCCUAGACAAUCUCAUAUGAAAGCUGCUAUGAGAAUAUCGAGGUACAUAGCUGACACACUAGAUUUUGGAAUUCUCUUUCCAAAGUCAGCAGUGAAUGCAAAAUUAGAGAUAAUUUCCUAUUCAGAUGUUGAUUGGUGUGGUGAUAAAGUGGAUAGAAGGAGUAUCACUGGCUAUUUCUUCAAGUAUUUGAAUGCUUCAGUUGCAUGGUGUUCAAGGAAGCAACCAGUAGUUGCACUUUCCUCAUGUGAAGCAAAAUAUAUUGCUGGUUCUUAUGCAGCAUGUCAAGCUCUAUGGAUUAACUCAGUGCUUAAGGAAUUGAAGAUCAAUGUGAAGAAGCCAAUUACACUGCAAAUUGACAAUCAAUCUGCAAUAAACUUAGCUAAAAAUCCAGUGCUGCAUGGAAGAAGCAAACAUAUAGAAGCCAUAUUUCACUUCUUAAGGGAGCAUAUGAAUCAAGGUAGCUUGGAAGUAAUUCAUUGUGCUACUGGUUCACAAGUUGCAGAUAUUAUGACUAAGAGUUUGAAGAUUGACAUAUUUUUUAACUUAAGGAAUUCACUUGGUGUGUCCUAA